AAGUCGAUUCUCCAUUGGCCCGUCCCCGGGUCACGUGCCUCCCCUCUUCCCCUGGGCUGGAAACCUGGGGAAACAAGUUAAGCUGAAGCCCGAAGCCAGAGCUGGGUCAGGUGGCAGCCCCAGCAGCCGCAGAGACCUCACCACUAUGGCCACCUGCCCAGAUGUGGAUAACAGCUGGGUGCUUGCUGGCUCAGAGAGCCUUCCUGUGGAGACUCUGGGCCCAGAACCCAGGGUGGACCCUGAGUCCGAGAGGGCCCUCCCGGCCCCUGGGAGCCCACCGAAGGCCGACGGUGACGGUGACGAGUCGCCUGUAGCUGAGGGUGGAGAAGGGACCCUGUUUGAGACGGAAAGUCCUCAGUGUGACCGCCUUCUGCCAGGGGAGCCUGAGGUCAAGGGUCCUCUGGGAGGCGGUGACUGUGAUGUGGAGCCUCCUGGCCCAGGAGACGCGGCAGUUCAGGAAGACCCGCAGGAGACUCCCGACACAAGCCCAGGACCAGACACACAGGACCUGGGCGACCAGGGCCCUCUGCAGAGCCUGUCCACGACCCCCAAAGCAGUUUGGGUCAGGGCGGAGGGCCGCUGCUCCAGCAGUGAGGACGACACGGAUGUGGACGUCGAGGGCCUGCGGAGGCGACGGGGCCGGAAGCCCAGCCCGCUCCGGCCCGGGACGCCGCUGGACGUGGAGGACCAGGCCAGGGGCGAGAGUGCGGGCGGGGAGCUGGGCCUCUCCCUCAACAUGUGCCUCCUGGGGGCCCUGGUCCUGCUGGGCCUGGGGAUCCUCCUCUUCUCUGGUGGCCUCUUAGAGUCGGACACUGGUGAGUGGGGGGAGCCCGACGUGUGCACGCCUGUUGUGUGGGGGGUGUUGUGUGGGGUGUUGGGAGGAGGGGGUGAGAGGCCAAGGGAUCAGCUGCAGGCCGCGGUGCCCGCUGACAGCACCCCCAGCCUGCAGCACAUGGGCCUUCUCCUGGACAAGCUGGCCAAGGAGAACCAGGACAUCCGCCUGCUACAGGCCCAGCUGCAGGCCCAGAAAGAAGAGCUGCAGAGCCUGCUGCAGCAGCCCAGGGGGCUGGAGGAGGAAAACGCCCGGCUCCGGGGGGCCCUGCAGCAGGGUGAGGCCUCCCAGCGGGCCUUGGAGUCGGAGCUGCAGCAGCUGAGGACGCGGCUCCAAGGGCUGGAGGGCAGCUGCAUCCGGGGCACAGACGGGCUGUGCCUCCCCUGGGGCAGAGAACCGCAGCCGGGCAAGGCCACCAAGGAGCGUGGCCACCGGGGGCAGGAGCCGGACCCUGGCUUCCUGGAGCAGAAGGAGCGGCUGGAGGCCGAGGCCCAGGCACUGCGGCAGGAGCUGCAGAGGCAGCGGCGGCUGCUGGGGUCUGUGCAGCAGGACCUGCAGCGGAGCCUGCAGGACGCCGGCCGAGGGGCCCCCGCUCACGCUGGCCUGGCCGAGCUGGGCCACCGGUUGGCCCAGACACUGCAGGGCCUGGAGAGCUGGGGCCAGGACCCUGUGGUCUCUGCCAACGUCUCCGAGGUCUGGCAUCAGAAACCCCAUUUCCAGAAUUCCAGGGAGUGGAGUGGAAAAGAAAAGUGGCGUGAUGGGCAGAGGGACCGGAAGGCUGAGCCCUGGAGACCUAGGAGAGAGGAAUCUGGCUGGGAGAGGAAGAAGAGCUGGGGGGACAAGGAGGAC